GGAUGACUGUUGCUCACGACUCUCCUUUCUGAGUGUAUUCUUGCUCUUUGCUCUCGCCGCGCAGCACCCUACCCGAAGCAGCUCGUGGCAGGCCUCGCAUACACCCGCGCGCUUUAUCCGCCUGUCGCUCGCUCGCUCGCGCACUCGUCAUCCCCACACUCGCUGCAUCACCCUGUCCAAACACUGACGGAGCCCUUCGCACGGCGUUUGGUGAAACGCGAACCGAUUCUGCUCCCUCGAGUGCGCGCCGUCGUUGCCGUCGUCGCUGCCGAACCGACUGCCCACGUUGCUUAAUUGCGGUGUCUGUGCCUGUGCCUGUGAUUGCGCUUUCGCCGAGGCCGCGACUUCGACCCUAUCGAUAGAGCACGUAUCCCGGACGCUGCGCACGAACGUACACCUCGAGACGGACGCGACACCACGGCGAUCACAUAUUCAUAACCUUGCGGAAGAGAGAGCAAAGGGCCUCAGGGACCUUUUGCGGCAGUGCGAUGGAAGACAAAUAUGUCGGCCUUAUACUGGCCGUAUCUUCAUCUCUUGCGAUUGGCACGAGUUUCGUCAUAACGAAAAAGGGUCUCAAUGCUACGGCGGAAAAGCAUGGCUUCAACGGAGAAGGCUUCUCGUAUCUACAAAACCCUACGUGGUGGGCUGGCAUGGUUACCAUGGUGCUCGGUGAAAUCUUCAAUUUUGCAGCAUAUGCAUUCGCGCCCGCCAUUCUGGUGACCCCGCUAGGAGCGCUAUCAGUCCUCAUCGGAGCGGUUCUGGGAUCGUAUUUCCUCCACGAAUAUCUGGGGCUAUUGGGAAAGAUUGGCUGCGCCAUAUGUCUGAUUGGAUCCGUCAUUAUCGUUCUGCAUGCGCCGCCGGACAGGGAGGUCUCGUCGGUAGAUGAGAUCCUCAACUUUGCGAUCCAGCCCGGCUUUCUCUUCUACUGCGCCUUUGUCGCUAUCUUCUCCGUCUUCAUGAUCUACAAGAUCGCACCGAAGCACGGCCGCAAGAACCCUCUUAUCUACCUCUCCAUUUGCUCAACGACCGGCUCUGUUUCCAUCAUGGCUAUUAAAGCAUUCGGCAUUGCGCUCAAGAUGACCUUUGCGGGAAACAACCAGUUCACGCAUCCUUCAACCUACGUUUUCGUCAUAAUGAUUGUCGGUUGCAUUCUCACCCAGAUGAACUAUUUCAACAAGGCUCUGAGCCAGUUCUCCACCAACAUUGUUAAUCCCCUCUACUACGUAACGUUCACGACCUGCACGCUCGUCGCAUCCUUCCUCUUAUUCCGCGGUUUCAAUACGACUUCAGCAGUGAACACGAUAUCGCUUCUCUGUGGAUUCCUCGUCAUCUUCUCCGGUGUCUACCUCCUCAAUCUCUCACGCGACGACCCCGAUGGAAGAGGAGCGAUAGGAAACGACUUCUCAGACGCCCCGCCAACCGACGGUAUUUCAGGGUUCCCCACACGAAGAAGCAUGCAAUUGCGGAGAAGUACAGAUACUGGUGGAUAUAGGAGUCCGUUCCUCGCUGGCACGCCAAACGGACGGGGCAGCAUAUCAGAUCGAAGAGCGCUCAUGCAGGACUAUGAUGUCGAGAACCAGUUCGAGCUCGGCGAUCUGGUCGAAGACUCGGACGAGGGCGAGAACGGCAAGAGGACGAGCUUCGAUGAGGAGAUCUCAGCUCAGAAUGGCGGCCACCCCAGCACCGGCAGCGUAAGAGUCAAGAAAGAAACGGUGCGGACAAAUCGCAAGAGCUCAGAGCGAUGAGCUAGACCGCAACAAUCUUUUCGACGUUCUACUAUUUCUCUUAGACAUGGCGACAAACCUAGAAGGGCCUCUGUACAUAUAGCAUCUGGGCCUCGACGACGGUAGAGAGCGGAUACCGCACGGCUGGCUGCGCGGUCUGGCGUCAGGGUUUCUGUUUUGCUUUGGCAUCGCGGAGUAUGCGAAGUUUCGCAUGGGUAUUGUAUUGGUACGUACACGCGGCGUUUAGGGCAUUUAUGGCAUGAGGAUGGAUUGAAUGGGUUUCGCGGGUCCAAGCACCCUGGAUGAUGGAGCUUUUGUACUUGUACGGAUGGAUAGCAUUGGGUAUGCCUAAGAGGGUGGCGGGCUGAUGAGGCCUGAAUUCUUGCUCGUUCGAGUAGGGAAUGGAACGAUUAUCUCA